ACGGGCCAUACAGAGCCGAGACCUGAGGAAGAUGUCGGAGGAGCCGGAGCCCGUGUCCCUGGAUCCCAGAGAGCUGCAGAUCCGCAAUGCUAAGGCUUACCUACUGCAGGCAGACAAAUCAGGGCUCAGCCUAUAUGAGCAUCUUUCUGCCCUGCUCUCUCGGAUAUUAUCAGAGCGCCCCCCAAAUGCACUGGAGUCACUGGCAGAGUUAAGCUCAGAGCUGCAAUGGGCCAGGUUGAAUCGCGGGCCCGAUGCUCUUCGCACACCAAGGGAGGAACUACAGUCUUACAGCAAGGCCGAAAUUCAACGUGCAUUAUUUACUGGUGGUUCUGGGGAAGGGGAGGAGAACGAGGAAGGAGAAAUGAUGGAAUCACCCCUUCCAAAUCUCCUCGAACUUGCUCACCUUGUUCAGCAAGGAGGGUUAAAUUUAGGGAGAGAUGAGACCGUACGGAUAUCAGUUGCUCUGAAACGCCUCGUAGAUGCUCAUCCUCUUGAACGCUGUCGCUUCUGGGGCAAGAUCCUGGGUACCCAUGGCAGUUACUUGGUGGCGGAAGUACAGUUCCGGGAGGGGGAGGAUGAAGAAGCAGUGGAAGGAGGAGAGGAAGAAGACAAGGUCUUAGAGGAAGAAGAAGAGGAAGAAGAUGCAGAAGAAGCAGAGGAUCUGCCCCCCAAAUCCACCUACCACCCUCCACCAGAGAUACCCCGAGAGGAGUAUGGAACGGGGGCAAAUAAAUACAUAUACUUUGUUUGUUCUGAGGCAGGAGCAGAAUGGGUCCGAUUACCCCCAGUUACACCAGCUCAAAUCAUUGCUGCUCGUAAGAUCAAGCGUCUCUUCACUGGAAUUCUUGAUGCCCCUGUUGUCACAUACCCCCCAUUCCUAGGAACAGAAGCCAACCUAUUGCGAGCCCAGAUUGCCCGAAUCUCUGCUGGUACUCAUGUCAGCCCCUUGGGUUACUACCAGUUUUCAGAGGAAGAAGGUGAGGAAGAGGAAGAGAGUGGUGCGAAGGACACAUGUGAGGAGAAUCCAGAAUUUGAGGGAGUACCGGUGUCUGAACUUGCAGACAAUCUGUCUAACUGGGCACAUCACGUUCAGCACAUCCUGCCACAGGGCCGGUGUGUCUGGGUGAACACAUCUGCAAAAUCGGAAGAGCAGGAGGAGGAAGAGGAGGGAGAAGAGGAAGAAAAGGAAGAUGAGGAGGAGGCAAUGCCUGAAGUGGGUCCUCCUCUGCUCACGCCAUUGUCUGAGGAUGCAGAAAUUGGUCACACCGCUCCGUGGACGGUAUCGAUCUCCUCUCACCUCAUUCCUCAAUAUGCUCUUGCAGUCCUCCGUUCCAAUUUGUGGCCUGGAGCUUACACCAUUGCCAGUGCCAAGAAGUUUGAGAAUAUCUACAUUGGCUGGGGGACAAAAUACAGUCCGGAGGGGUACAGCCCUCCCGCCCCACCCAUACCCCAGGCAGAAUAUCCCAGCGGGCCAGAGAUAAGUGAAACUGCAGACCCUACGGUAGAGGAGGAGCAAGCUCUGAAGGCAGCACAGGAGGAGGCUGCGGCCGCUGCUGAGGAAAUAGAGGAAGAAGAAGGGGAAGGUGAAGAGGAAGAAGAGGAGGAUGAUGAUUAAAAUACACACCACUGUGUUAUAAAAAAAAUAUUUUUAAAUAAAGUUAUUCUUGUAUCUGUAAGCGA